AUGCCCCCCAAAUUCUCCAAGAGGUCAGAUCACGCCGGCCCUCUCACGCAAGCACAAGGCCACAUGAAUCCAGGUGCAAAUAUCUUGGCGGAUCUUAAGUUGAUCACCGAGAGCCUUGCGGACCCAAAGAAGACUCGGCGUUGGAAAGGCAUGUUCAAAGACCAUUAUUCGGUGUCCUAG